AAAAAAAAAUACAUAAACAAAAAUUAGAAUGUGCAAAGGAAAGGUGAUGAGAGAGCAUGAGUGAGGGAGUUAAAUCUCUCAUCGUUCAUACUGAGGAGAGAAGAGAUACUGUCUAAAAUGGACAAAUUUAUGAUAUUACACAAAGGGAUAAUGGUGAUCUCAGGAGAACUAAAAGCAGAAGCUGUUGGUUGGGUUCCCUCUAGGGAGUGGAACUGGGGGGAAGAGAGACACUUUCAUUUUUCAUUUGUCCUGAGCUGUUCAUUAAAAAAAAAAAAUUAUAGUAGUAUUCUGUUGUUGUAACCUUUCUAAAAAGUUUUGAAAUUUUUGUUACAAAAGACUAAACAAACAAAAACACCCUUCCUUUAUUUAUUUAUUUUGUAAUUUAUUUAUUUUUGACUGCAUUGUGUCUUCAUUGCUGUGCGCGGGCUUUCUCUAGUUGCGGCGAGCAGCAGCUACUCUUUGUUGCAGUGUGUGGACUUAUUGCAGUGGCUUCUCUUGUUGCGGAGCAUGGGCUCUAGGCAAGCGAGCUUCAGUAGUUGUGACACACGGGCUCAGUAGUUGUGACAUGUGGGCUUAGUUGCUCCGCGGCAUGUGGGAUCUUCCCAGACCAGGACUCAAACCCGUGUCCCCUGCCUUGGCAGGUGGAUUCUUAACCACUGCACCACCAGGGAAGUCCAAAAACACCCUUCCUUUAGAAUGCAAGUAGGCCUAGAAGUAAUAGUCCUUGACACCUGGGUAAAUGUUAGGUCUGCAGGGUUCCUCUGCAUCAGGAAGGAUGUGAGUCGGGGGAGGGUCAUGUGAUGAUAAACAUGGCUUCCUAAGCAGUUGCCCCUGGGGAAUGGGCUUGGGAGACAAGCUCGCCUUUGCAAACACAGGGCCAGGGUAGUGCCUCUUCCCUCACAUUCCUAAAGGCAGCUCAUACUCAGACACAAGAGGAUACUGACCCCAUUAGGGCCAGAGAUAACCACCCCUCUAAUUAUCCCUGAGGUGACUCUGCCAUCAGCAGCACAACUCUCUGAGCAGGAGCCCUUGCCAGCCAGGGACCCCACUGCAGCAGGAUCCAUGUGACCGCAGCUUCUGGGGGCCCAGGUGGAUCUAGGCCAGGAAAGUGGGAUGCUGAGGGCUCUCAGGUGAGUAUGACUCAGGUCAGAGCCCCGCACGCCUCAGGACCCAAGGGCCUCUUCCUCCUCUGGAGGCAUGGCAUCCUCUUGACCUUUGCUUGGUAUAUCACUCCGUCCCAGCAGCUGCAGAAAGGGAGCCCGGGGCACGGCUCAGGAGUGCCGCUCACCAGCAGCCAGGAGCCAAAAGACUGGCAUUCCCAGCACUAGACAAAGGCCUAUUGAUCUUUGACCCCCACCACUCCAGGAGCCUUGGCCCUCCCUCCUGCCUGCCUUCCUUUCUUCCCUGCUGGCCUCGCCCUCUGUUCUGUCUCCUCGUUCCCUGGCUCUCUUGCUCUGACUGGCAGUUUUUCCCAGCUCCUUGACCAAACCAAUCCUUCCAUGCUGUCUUCAAGCCCUGCCUCCUGCACAUCUCCCAACCCGAACAAGGAGAAUCCAAGAAAGAAGGUCCAGUGGGCUUCUGGGAGGAGGAGGACGUCAUCCACAGACUCAAAGUCCCAGUCCGACCCCUCCAAAGCGUCCAGGUCCCGGAAACUCAGCCGGCUGACGGUGAAGUAUGACCGGGGGCAGCUCCAGAGCUGGCUGGAGAUGGAGCAGUGGGUGGACGCCCAGGUUCAGGAUCUCUUCCAGGAUCAACCAACUCCUUCUGAGCCUGAGAUCGACCUGGAGGCUCUCAUGGAACUAUCCACAGAGGAGCAGAAGACUCAGUUGGAGGCUAUUCUCCAAAACUGCCCCCGCCCCACAGAGCCUUUUAUCUCUGAGCUGCUCAGUCAACUCAAGAAAUUUCGGAGACUCAGUCGGCCUCAGAAAUAAGCCUUGUGAGACUACCUUCAUCAGCUUCAGCACUGCCAGGUCUGCCCUGAACCCCUGGAUCCUGGGCUGAGAGGGAAACAGCUCCUUGGGACACAGACAAGGAACAUGGAGAGUGAGGAGGGACAUUUGGACACCCCUGUCUAUGUGCAGUCACAGCUAAUUCCUGUCAGCUGGGCUUUCUGGGAGCCAGUCAUGGCUAUGGCCCAGUGCUUUCCUCGGCAGCCAAGUGAAUAAAACCUUGAGGAGCCCCA